AUGUUAAAUGAUCUAUUUGUAAAGCCACAUAGAACUGAGUCAACACUGAUUCUAUGGUUUCGUCGUCUUGUCAUUUUCAUACUAUUGUUAUUAUUACUUAUUGUAUUUGUGAUAUUAAGUAUUGGAGUCGCUAAUGAAGUGCCUAAUGUCCAAAGUACUUUUAGUCCAAAUGAUAGUGGUGUGCCAGCACCAGUAACUUUUGACCCCAGAUUUGAUCCCAGUAAUAACAUUUCUAUAAAAUUUUUACCAAAAGGCAAUAUAAUUCUAAGUUCUAAUUAUAAUAGAACAAAUGCAUAUUAUCUUCGACUUUAUAUAAGUAUUACAGAUCCUACAUACAAUGCCUCAUUGGAGCGUCCUGUAUCGAUGUAUGCAUUUGAUUCAGAUGAUGAAUUUGUUCAAUCAAUUCGCAAAAUGAAUCAUUAUUAUCUACCACCCGUUUUCUCUGUGAUUCAAUACUCUAGAAUUAUCAAAAAAUCAAUGGUUCAAACACUUUGGACGUAUAUUGGAUUUCCAUCAGAUUACCGUACCGUAACUUACCUUCAAACUGACACGCAUAUUGCGAGUAUAGAUAUUGGAAAUCGUAAUCGUAGUAACUAUGCAAUGAUACAAAUACAGCCAAAAACUAAUACUAUAGAAACUCAAAUAGAGCAAAGGAGCAAUACUGUUGCGGCUAUAUUUGGAGUUAUUGCUGGUCUUUACAGUGCUAGUAUUGGAUUUUAUGCAAUUUUAUUUGGAACAGGUUCAGCCAAACCAUGGGGUUUAAUGCACAAAUGCUAUGUACUUAAAAAGCAAACUAUGGAAGGUAUCAAACCGUUAGUAUUAGAUUCAUCAUCUAGUAAUGAAAAUUAUGAGAAAAGACUUGAAGAUUUAGAAAGUCUCACAUUCUCACAAAGAGUUAAACGUUUGGAAAAAUUUAAUCUAUUUCUUGAAGAUUAUAUUGUUAAUGCACAAUUAUUAUACACUAUAAACAAAGACAAAAAUGACUAUAGUAAACUUCUACCAUAG